UAUCUCCUUGGGACACAAGCAUUGUGGAGUCGGGAGCAGGCAGUAGCUGCUAGGGUCUCUGGUGACCCGGACCGCGGUGGCGGCCCCGCGAGCGGGAUGUUCCGGGGUUUGAGCAGUUGGUUUGGCUUGGAGCAGCCGGCGGCGGGUGGCCGGCAGUCCGAGGGAGACGGGCAGCCCGAGGGAGACACUCCACCCGAGCAGCGCUCCGAGACGGUGACGGAGCCGGCGCCGCAGCAACCGGGGGACCAGGAGCUUCUUCACCAGGCCAAAGGCCUUGGCAACUAUCUGUUUAACUUUGCAACUGCUGCUACAAAAAAGAUAACUGAAUCAGUUGCUGAAACAGCACAGACGAUAAAGAAAUCAGUAGAAGAAGGAAAGAUAGAUGACAUCAUUGAUAAGACAAUUAUAGGAGAUUUUCAGAAGGAACAGAAAAAAUUUGUUGAGGAGCAGCAUACAAAAAAAUCAGAAGCAGCAGUGCCCCCAUGGGUUGAUAGUAAUGAUGAAGAAACAAUUAAACAACAAAUCUUGGCCUUAUCAGCUGACAAGAGAAAUUUCCUUCGUGACCCUCCAGCUGGUGUGCAGUUUAAUUUUGACUUCGAUCAGAUGUACCCCAUCGCCCUGGUCAUGCUCCAAGAGGACGAGCUGCUAAGCGGGAUGCGAUUCGCCCUUGUUCCUAAACUCGUGAAGGAAGAAGUGUUCUGGCGGAACUACUUUUACCGUGUCUCCCUGAUUAAGCAGUCGGCCCAGCUCACGGCCCUGGCGGCCCAGCAGCAGGCCGCCGGAAAGGAGGAGAAGAGCCACGGCAGAGAGGAGGAGUUGCCACUGACAGAGGCAGUACGGCCCAAAACGCCACCUGUCGUAAUCAAAUCUCAGCUUAAAACUCAAGAGGAUGAAGAGGAGAUUUCUACCAGCCCAGGUGUUUCUGAGUUUGUCAGUGAUGCCUUCGAUGCCUGUAACUUAGAUCAGGAGGAUUUGAGAAAGGAAAUGGAGCAACUGGUGCUUAACAAAAAGGAGGAGGAGACAGCCGUACUAGAAGAGGAUUCUGCAGAUUGGGAAAAAGAACUACAACAGGAACUUCAAGAAUACGAAGUGGUGACAGAAUCAGAGAAACGAGAUGAAAACUGGGAUAAGGAAAUAGAGAAAAUGCUGCAGGAGGAAAAUUAGCUGUUUCCUGAAAUAAAAGAAUAAUCCUUAACCUUGUGUAACUGACAUGAAAUUCUAGAUGGCGACGCUUGCUGAAUCAGAAGGCACAAAAGAGUAUAACUUUAUGAAAUUCAAAAUUAUUCUUUUUUCAAGCUGAAACUUACCUCUUCUACUUAAAAAAAAGUAUAUAGAACAGUUAGUCUAAUAAUCAAAAAGGGAUGUUUUAUGUAAUAUUUCUUUAAUGUAAAUCUAGUUGGAGAUGUUCUUCUAGUUAGUAUGGAUGUCUUUGCAACAGAAACACAAGUAAACUUUUUGAGUUCUGUUUUCCAUGAGGUCAAAAAUGUGAUUUAUUCUUCAAUUGUGGUUUUCUAAACAUUUGUACUUCUUGUUGCAUUUUCGUUGAUACAUGUACGUUAAAGUACUUACUCAAUGGGUUGAUAACUAUCAAAAUGACCAAAUUGUACCAAAGAACUUAAGAGGAAGCACUUUCAGGACUAUUUUCUUGCUAGGUUAUUUUCUAAAAUUCCAUCUGGAAGCCAAAAGAUAAAAUAAUUAUGUUGAUUGUAAUGGUAUAAACAUCACACAAUUUGACAUUGAGAAAUACUGUACAAAAAUGUUUUUCUCCAGGGCCUUUUGUUUCUUUCUUGUUUGUUAUUUUUUAAACUAUACCACAUUCAAUAAUAUUUUCCUAAAUCGCACAUCAGAGUUUUUGUAGAAAGCAGGGCCUUUCAUCCUUUUUGUAUUGAUAACCUUCAGAAGCCUGUUCACCUUAAAGUCUCUUAUUCUUGUUUAAAUCAUCACCACAUAUAAAUGUUUUAGCUUUGUUUGUCUUAAUUAAACUGUCUUUAUAAAAUUGUGUUCCUCUGAGUACAACUUAUGAAACUUCACUGAUCAAUCCUACUUGUAUUCUGCUACACCAGCACACCCAUGUUCAUAGAAUAUGGUUAUUUUAAAAGAACAAGGUGGCUUAGUGUCAGAACACUUCCAAGGCAUUUGCUUCCUGAAACUUUCGUAUUUUUCCAGGAGCCUUUAUUUCUUAAAGGGAAAUACAAUUAAGACAAUUCUUUAUAAGGAAAAUGUACAUAUUUGUAUUCUUAACCCCAUAAAAAUUAGCCCAUGGUCCUCUGGCAAAGGUAUAGUCAACAGGAGAAAUGGGUGUGGGUCCCAGCAUUACUCUUGUUUGUAGUUUGGGAUACGCACAUUUGAAUGAGCCAGACUGUCAGCCUGGGAUUACUUGGGUUUUAGCAGUAAACUCACAUAUUCUAUGAAACCACUGACCCCAUUAUCAAGAGAUUUCCACUUUGUGGUGCUGCAGUUGCCGAUUACCCAGUUUAGGUUCAGCGAUGAUGACUGGCAACUUCUAAAAUAAUCCUAUUGAAGGGAAAAGUUUGACUUUUCUUUUAAAUAGAGUUUGCUAGAGGGAAAGAACUAUGUUAAAUGUUUUUAAGUAGCUAAAAAUCCUAGAUGUAAGUAGAUCAGAAUAUGACAGUUCUGAUCAUGACAGCUUGGCUCUUAGUAUAUGCACUAAAAUUCUUAUUGAUGAAUGUUGAAUAAAUAUAAAAGUUUCAGAGAAAGUAAAAAUAAAAUGACAAAAUAUGUUACUGUAACAACAGUUUUACAUAAUACUCUUACUGUGUCUAAAAACAACUUAAUUGUUCAUUGCCCUGUGAAAAUAAAAGGAUAAAAUAAGAUUUUAUACACAGCAUAAAAAUACAGAUAUGCUAUAGUUUUAUGGUUUCAUCAAGGAGUAAAAUGUUCUGCUUUUGUAAAUUAUACAAGUAACUGAAGUGUUAUUCCUUUAAAGGGCAGAAUAAUUUGUAACCAUGUUUGGUGGGAAAUUUCUAAGUGUUUAUUACAUACCUGGGGGUUAGCCAACAAGAUAUACUGAGCAUAAAAACACGUAAGCUUCAUAAAAGGUUAGAAUAUGAACAUACUCCAUCGCACUAUGAGGAUUAUACCUCACUACCCAGAGUGUGGCUCAGGAACCAGCGUCAGUGGCCUACCCUGGAAGUUUGUUAGAAAUGCAGGGUGUCAGAUCCUGCUGCAGACCUGUUGGCUGAGGAUCUGCAUGUUACCAAGACCCCCAGGGAUUCGAAUGGACUUGACAGUUUGAGACGUGCUGGACUAAUGUACUAAUAAUGUGCUCGGGGCAGCCGAGGUUUCUGGACCCUUUCACUAGCGUCCUUGGAUGACAGUCUUUCUAGUUGGCGGUACAGGUGCCUCCUCUGUUGUGCCAGUGAGUACUGACUGCCAACUUCCCUUUCCAUGUUGCCAAAUAAAGAGGAACCAAAUCCCCAGGGGGACCACAAAUAAUCCUGCUAAAUCAGAUAUUUCUGAUAGCACACAUCUCGAAGGAAAAUGAUGACACUAUGAAGCACAGAGAUAAGGCUUGCUCAGAACGUUUUUUUUGAGACUUUACAUGUUCUCUGAGAACACUUUACACAUUCGCAAGCUUUCUCUGAGGUUCUUGGGUGGCAUUAGAGAGCUGAUGUGCCCUAAAGGCUGUAAAGGUUGGAUGGUGCCGUGUGUGGCAUGUUUAGGCACGUGAAAUCAAAUAACAAAAACAGUUUAAAAGGUAACAGAGCAUGGAGCCCAUUUUAGGUGCAUGGAGUUAAUACAAAAAUUAACACUAUCCGUUUAUCUGCCGUUACAGCAGUUUAUGGCAAGCUAGUAAAAUCCUCAGCUGACGCAGCAGCAGACUUGGUUACAAUGUCACAAUCUCCUUAUACUCAGAAGUGGUAACUUCUUAUACGAAAUGGGAAAUCUCAAUUUGUAAUUUUUGAAGAGUUAAACCAGAGGAGCUUAUCUUUUAGGAGAUAAAGCAGCAAUUAUCCUUGUACUCACAGUGCUUUCAUGCUUUCAGAUGUCCUACUGUAACCAAGAUGAUUUUCCACCAUCAAAAUAUUGUCACAAAUAGGAUUUUUUUUUUUUUGUGAGGAAGAUCAGCCCUGAGCUAACAUCUGCCAAUCCUCCUCUUUUGGCUGAGGAAGACUGGCCCUGGGCUAACAUCUGUGCCUAUGUUCCUCCACUUUAUAUGGGACGCCGCCACAGCAUGGCUUGACAAGCGGUGCGUCAGUGCACACCUGGGAUCCAAACCCCGGGUCACCGCAGCGGAGUGUGUGCACUUAACCGCUAUGCCACUGGGCUGGCCCCACAAAUAGGAUUUUUAGGACAUUUUAAAGAUUUACCAAAAGAAAACUUAUGAUCACAUCCAACUUGUAAUAUAUAUAUAUUUUUUGCCUCUUUGACUGUUUUGGUGUAAAAACCAGAACUCUGAAUGUGCUUCUAUAGUUUAAAUAGUUUGAUAUGGUUGCUCGUCCUGGUCAUAGUGAGAUUUUCCCUCCAUUUUUAAGUAAAGAUAAACAUUUUUCAACUAUGAAAAUUAGGUGCAUUUAAUUUUAGCAAAUUUAUUUUUCAGCUUUUAAAAAUAUAAGUGGUAGAAACUUUGAUAUAGUUUAUAUAACUAGUUUUAUUGGGGGGAAAACAGGCCAUUUUAAUAAAUGAUUACUUCCACAGAUUACGUGGAUAAGAAAAUAAAAUUACAAAAUGCAUGUUACAGUACCCAAAAAAGAUGGUGCUUAGAGAGAAAACUAAUGAGUCAUAACAGAUGAUAAAUACAUACUCAUGAAGCUUUAAUCACAUGCAGUUAUAUCUGUCUCAUAAAUCAUCAUAUUGUUUAUCUGGUCUUCACACUAAGGGUUUUGUUUAAAUAAAGCCAUUUAUGAUUUCA